ACAUUUAAAAACAAAAUGGCAAAAUGGCAGACCCAGGACGAGAAGAAGACGUCCAACUUGAGCAUCCUCCAUUCGGCCUUGAGGUGCAUCCAGUCGCUGAAGCGGAAGGAGCGGGAGCUGGAGCACGAGAUGGAGCGACUGGCGAGGGACAAAAUCGCCGCCCAGCAGAAGCUCGCCGUACUAAAGAAAGACAUCCAAGCCCACUACGACAACGUGGACUUUUCGAAAAUCCUGCCCGAGGUGGUGCCGGUGACGACCGCCUCGCAGACGAUCACGAGCGACGAGAUCAAGGUGGAGGCGGUGAGCGGCCAGAACGGGGACAGGAUCCAGAUCCCGCUGCUGCCGAACAAGACGCAGAUCUCCAUCGCGACGACGCAAGUGGGGACGAUCAAGGAGGUGACUCAGCCAGUUCAGACGACCGCGCUCUCGGUGCUGCCCGUGGGCUACUCGGUCCCCCAGGGGUUGGUUUUGCAGAAGUUGAUCGUCCCGAAAGGGUUAACCGAACUGACGCCCCUGGUAUCGACUCAUUUUAUUACUCAGCAGCAAAUAAACGGCAAGGUGGUUCCGCUGGUGAACGCCCAGUACGUGGUGAAGCCGGUGGUGGUUGUGAGCAGACCCAGCUAGUGGCCUUGAAGGGAUGAAACGGCCCCUCUUGUAUGAUAGAGCGUAUGAGUGUUGGCGUGGAUGUUCUACUAAUAUGUGAUUUCUAUAUUAUUUACGGUGAUUUUUUAAUUUUGUUUGGGUGGUGGGAGCGCCCGCGUUCGUUGUCAAACGAGUUUCUCACAUUCCAUAUUGAUUUUUGCCGUCGAGACUUGGAUUGUUUUUAGCCCUAGGAUCUAGUCAUUUUAUUGCGGUUUUACUCAAUUUUUUGUGGGCGGCAUUUUCGGAGGUGUUUUAGGUCUGAAAAGGUCGCACACACGCCAAUCGGAACGCGCAGUCUCCAACCACCCACAGCAAGGGUCUGGCCCUGUUCUUAGAUCUCUAGCCUUGAUGUAUUACUUUUAUUUUAUAUUAUGUACUGUACAUUAACGAAAAACGUAUAUGUUCGAGGUUCUAGUGAGUGUAUUGCGAAUGAAAUUUGUAAAUAAUUAGUUUUAAACUGUACAAAAUAAGGUUAAGACGAAAAUUGUAUUCACUCUAUUCUAUGUUUAAUACAGAGCAGGGUUGUGUCUCUGCGAUAGGACAGUAAACGGUACUGUAGAUGCAACAAAGGCAGAAGUCAGUCAAAUAACAAAAACGCAAAAAAAAGUUGAUGUAAUAAAUUAUUUAAAACGAA